AUGGGCAAGAAAAAGCAAGAAAUGGCACAGGUAUACAGUGGCUCGACGAAUGAGUUUAUAUUCGGAGAACAGGGGGGUAAAGGGAAGAAUUUGUCGUCAUUUUUGAAAAAUUUGUCGUUGACAGGAUCAAGCAACAACAAUAGUCAGGAAUCGAUUGAUGAAGUUAACAGCACUAUCUAUGGAAGUUUAUCAUAUAAAAAGGGACGAAAUGGAUCGAACCCAAUGUUGAGCCAUGGAUCAGGGUUUGCUCCACAUCCACCUAUCAAAAGAACCAUUUCAAUGGGAUCUUCUUCAUUUGGAAGCGACCAUCAUAGGGAUACAUCUCCUAAAUCCUUCCCAAGGAAUCAAAGGCAUAGUAAGGAAAAGUAUACUGAUUUGGACGAUGACUGGAAUGCGGAUUUACGAGAUGAAGUCUCCAAGCCUGCUGUUCCACCCCCAUUCUUGGAUUCACUAUACCCUGAUUUGAUGGUACCAGUAUCUGCUCCUCAAUCCAACCUUAAACAAUCAAUGGACGAAGAAGAUUACCAAGCAAAAGCCGAGGUCAGCAGACUCAAUCAAUUAAAAUUCAAAUAUACCAAAUUCAAAACGGUGCUAUCAUCAGAGAAUACCAUAAACAUUCAAGACUUGCGACGUUUGUCUUGGAAUGGUAUACCCAAUGAGCUUAGAGCAAUGUCUUGGCUGUUGCUAUUGGGAUACCUACCGACGAAUAAAUCCAGACAGAGCUCAACUUUGAAACGCAAGCGUCAAGAAUACAUGGACGGCAUAAGUGGUAUACAAAUUAGCUUUGACGAAAACUCAAAACCAGAAGCUGGUUCAAACAGCAACCGAGAAGGCUUAAUAUACCAUCAAAUAAAUAUCGAUGUUAAGCGAACAAACCCAACUACCAAGCUAUAUGCGUAUCAAAGUACGCAGAUGUCGCUCCGAAAAAUUUUAUUUUUGUGGGCAGUGAGGCACCCUGCAAGUGGAUAUGUACAGGGUAUAAACGAUUUGGUAACUCCGUUUUAUCAGAUCUUUUUAAACCACUACAUAUGGCAACUACAGAGGAAAGUGUCAAAGGAACUGGAAGGUGAUGAUAGCGAUUUAUUAAUUCCAGGUUAUGUAUCCGACGGUGAUGACAAGGCGGAAUAUGCAUUACUCAAAGAUCCCGACUUGGAAAACUACACCAUCAAUAACUUUGACACUGGAAGAUUGAGUCAAAGAGUCACAACCAUCAUCGAAGCCGACACCUAUUGGUGUUUAUCUCGAUUACUUGAAAAUAUCACAGAUAACUAUAUCCAUGAACAACCAGGAAUUAUAAGACAAGUGAAUGAGCUUAAGAACUUGGUUUCAAAAAUUGAUUAUGGAUUGAUUAAGCAUUUCGACGAGGAAGGUGUGGAAUUUUUGCAAUUUUCAUUCAGAUGGAUGAAUUGUUUACUUAUGCGGGAGUUGCCAAUUGACUUGAUUAUACGAAUGUGGGACACGUACUUGAGUGAACAGCCUCUAGGAUUUAGUAGCUUCCACACAUACGUAUGUGCUGCGUUCUUGAUUAAAUUCAGUGGAGAAUUGAAGGAGAAAGAUUUUCAAGAAAUUUUAUUGUUUUUGCAAAACCCACCAACGUCCCAUUGGAAGGAAAAGGACGUGGAACUUAUGCUUAGUGAGGCAUUCAUGUGGCAAACCUUGUAUAAAAAUGCCUCAGCACACUUAAGAUAG